GGUGAAUACGGAGGAGCAAGUGGAGAACGACGACCUCCACCUGUGUGUUUUGGAUGCAAGGUCGUCGGCCACUAUCGGAGCGAUUGUUGGCGGUUUUAGACUAACGACGAAGACGACGCAUGGAAGCGGAUGGCUACCGCUGCCGUCCUGAAUUUGAAAGACGAAGACGAUCUGUAUCACCGCAACAACACCGACAAGCGAUCACCAAGCGGUCACCAUCCGAAGAACCAAGAACAAGUAGCCGACUUGACGACCUUGGCAAGACGGUGGCAGCUAUGAAGGAUUUUGUUGAUUUGGAACUAGCACGACGGGAAGCUAAGGAAGCGAGGAAACGGGAGAAGGAAGCCGCAAAGAUGCGUGAGGAGGAAAAACGAGUAGCAGCUGAAGAAGCUCGCUUGGCUGCAGAAGCUAAGAACCAGAAGAAGUUGGAGAAGCAGAGAUGUCGGGAGGCCGAUCGCGAAGCUAUUACGAAGGUGGUGGGUGUACAAGUCGCGCUGCGCUUGAGGAACGUACCGAAAGUUUUGAAGAAUGAAGUACAACGUGCGGUAUGGGAGAUUAUUCCCGAUCUAAAAGGCAAGGCAAAAAUUAUAGAGGAGAAUCCCUCUACUUCGACCUCCGCGGAAAUACUAAACGCUGUGGAAGUAAUCACCGGCGAUACCGAGAACUUGCACAUCUCCGAGAAGCGCAAGAGGGGCGAAGACAUGCCGGUGGGAGACAGCCCUCCCAUCACAACCCCGGCUAAGUGCACAAGUUUUCCUUACCCACGAGUAAAAGGUAACAUGCGAUGUCGAAUACAUGAGGUCGAAGGUAUUCCGGAAUUAAUGUGGAAUGUUGGGAACAUAUCGAAGGCUCCACGAUCCGAUCGAAUGACCAUGCUCCAGGAGGAGAUUUGUGAAGGUUUCGAAUCUUGCGUGAACAUCAAGACUCAGAGAGUUGCCUGCGAUACAGUGGAAUUGGAGAAGUGUAUGCAGAAGGUUGUGGAAACUGAGGCGAGCUAUCUUCGUAAAGACAAAGUACUUGAGAUCAGGAAGCGACUCGGGGGUUUAGUACUCACUCCCCUGGAUCGUAACCCUGGGGAGACCUUAGUGAUUUGUCCAGUUCUGUUCUAUGAGGGGAUUAGGGAUUUGUCCAUUUGGAAUGAUGGAUAUGUGCCUUGUAACAGGAAUGAGAUGAAGAUUUUGAAGGAAAUGAAGCUGCAGAUUAAGAUGCGCGGUCUGCAAACGUUCGUCAAAUGGGACAACAAGGGAAGCAUCGGCUACGCAUAUGCGAUGCCGAAACACAAGGACCUAGAGCGGUAUCGGCCGAUAUGCCCUACAUACUCCGAACCAAUGGGGAUGCUCUUAACCUUAUUGGGAGUUGCGAACUAGGUACCUGCAUCUGAGACUUAGCCUUUUGCGAAUUGUGUCGGUACUCGAACCGAUGACCUGUGUCGUAGGAUGCGGACUUGGAAGGUGAUAUUUUCCUUUGUCAAUAGUAAGUCUCAAACAACGUACCGGUUCGAUAGGAUUUCGGAGUGCUUUGUUGUUUGGUAACCCGUAGCAGGGGAAUUUGAAGAGGGUACCUCUGUUUGCGUAGUACUUAGUGGGAGAUUUAUUUUCAUAUUGGUGUGUGGAAGGGCCGGUGGUACUAACUGGUCUGGAAAGGGCCAGUGGUACCAAGGGGACCUCCCGGUCCUCUCUGAGAUAAAAGCAAUGAUUGAAC